AUGGCUAUGGAUGAAGUAGGAGAUACGGACUUGGACGUGGAUAGUGGCGGUGAUUCCUCACGGAGAAGCGGAAAGCAGAAGAAGGUCUCCCUCAGUUUCAGGGAUCGAUUUCAAGCAGGCGAAGAGGAUGACGAAGAGUUUGUCAUCACUCGUGCAUCCUCUGUUCAGAAGACGGACCGAUUUGAAGCAGGACCUACGCCCGAAGAGAAAGAAGCGAGAAGAAGAAAGAAGCAAGAAGCUGCCCGUAUCAAGCAAUUGCAAGCUGAACGACAAGUCUUUAUCCCUUCUUCAGUGACCGUUGCCAGGCUAGCUGGGAUAUUAGGCCUAAAAUGGUCUCGGUUGCAGAUCCGAAUGGCUCAACUGGGCAUGACAGAGGAGCAGAGACGGUCAGACUAUAUGCUCACGGAAGAGGAGGCCGUCAAUGUCGCUCUGGAAUUUGGAUUUGAUCCCAAGAUUGAUGACGAGGCAUUCUUCGAUAUUAUUCCUCAGCCGGACACUCCCGACGUCAUUUACCCUCUCCGUCCACCCAUCGUGACCAUCAUGGGUCAUGUCGAUCACGGCAAGACGACAUUAUUGGACUCACUACGGAAUACAGCGGUCGCUGCGGGCGAAGCUGGAGGUAUCACUCAACAUAUCGGAGCGUUCUCAGUGAACUUAUCUGAUCUUCAAGGUGGGACAGUGACUCCAGGACAAGAGACCACAAUCACCUUUUUGGACACGCCUGGUCACGCCGCGUUCACCGAGAUGCGAGCCAGAGGAGCGACCGUGACGGACAUUGUCGUCUUGGUUGUCGCUGCAGAUGACGGUGUCAUGCCUCAAACGAGAGAAGUUUUGAAUCUCGUCAAGGAGGCUGGGGAUGAUGUCGGACUCGUCGUGGCCAUCAACAAGGUGGACAAGUCGAGCGUUGACGUUGAAAAGAUCAAGAGCGGUCUCGGAGCGGAAGGCAUCCACUUGGAAGAAGAUGGCGGAGAUGUGCCCAGCGUCAGAGUGUCUGGUCUGACAAGACUUGGAUUGGACAACCUGGUGGAGACACUGUCAACUUUGGCUGAGCUCAGAGAGUUGCGGGCUCGAAACGAUGGUCAAGCGGAAGGCUACGUGCUGGAGUCCAACAAGGACAUUGGGAAAGGCAACAUCGCCACCGUGCUGGUGACCAAGGGGACCUUGCGAGUUGGAUCCUACAUUGUCGCUGGAACCACUUUUUGUCGAGUACGGACUAUGAUCAAUGAUCAGGGACAGAAUUUGGAUUUGGCUGGACCAGGUACACCCGUCCAAGUCACUGGAUGGAGAGAGUUGCCUGAAGCUGGAGACCAACUUCUCGAGUCUGUCAAUGGGGAGCACGAGGCCAAGAGGGCGAUCGCUAAUCGGAUCGCCGCGCAAGAACAGCAAAAAAUGUUAUCCGAUAUUGAAGUGAUCAAUGUCAAACGACAGGAAGAUCGUCUCCGACACGAGCUUGAGACCGAGGAAGAGAAAGCCAUCAAGCUGGCUGGCGGUAAUCUGGUUCUUCAUCGAAUCGAACAGGCUCGACGAGCGACUGUGCUUGCUCGGGAGAAUCAAAUCAAGGAACUUAGAUUAAUCAUCAAGGGAGAUGUCAGUGGGACUGUCGAAGCUGUAGAAGGUGCCUUAUCGGGCAUUGGAAACAAAGAAGCCGUGGUCAAGAUUGUCUCGACGGGUGUCGGAGCAGUCACAGAAUCCGAUCUGGCGAUGGCCGAGGCCAGUGAGGGUCUGAUUAUUGGUUUCAAUGUCGAUUGUCCGAGACCAGUGCAACAGCUCGCUAAGCAAUUAAAUGUCCCUAUCCACUUGGAGACGGUCAUCUACCGUUUGAUCGAAACUGUGCGAGCCAAGACGGCUGCUCUCCUCCCGCCCGCCAUCGAGUACAGGACCAAUGGAGAAGCUCUGGUUCAACAGGUGUUUGAGAUCACCCUGAAGAAGAAGCAAAAAGCAUACAUUGCCGGAUGUAAAGUAUCACAGGGAAGUAUCAAGCGGGGAAGUCUUGCCCGUGUCUUCCGAGGUCCAGAUAGGCAACUCGUCUUUGAAGGUGAAAUUGAGACCCUCAAGCAUCUCAAGAAAGACGUGGACGAGAUCCGAAAAGGUACAGAGUGCGGUGUAGGUCUAGCCAAUUUCAAGGAUCUCAAAGAGGGCGAUGAGAUUGUGGCGGUGACCAAGGUGGAAGUACCGAGAACGCUGUGA